AUGAUAAGGAGUACAGAACUUGAAGUGCAAGUGGAGGAGGCGCGGCUUAAAUUACAGGAUCUUAAACGCCAACUUCGUGAAAAACGAGCCAGAGAAGCAUUGGAGGAGGCAUCAGAUGAGAACAAUGUUAGUAAGAGUUAUUACUCCGAUAGCAGAGAUAGUAGUACAGAUGGCAGCCAUAAUGAUGAUGAUGAUGAUGAUGAUGAUAUCAGAAAUGGAAGUAGUGGUAACGGAGUUCAUAAAGGUGAAGAAGAACUUCCUCCAUUUAUUUCUGCUGCUAAAUCACUUACAAAGGAAGAAAUAGAACGUUUCUCACGUCAAAUGUUGGUAGAAGGCAUUGGUGCUGAGGGAAUGGAGCGGAUUCGCAAGGGUCGUGUGUUGCUAUUGGGAGCUGGUGGAUUAGGUAGUACUGUGUCGCUUUUUCUUGCUGCUGCUGGUAUAGGGACAUUGCGCGUUGUGGACUUUGACAGGGUGGAACGGAGUAAUUUGCACCGACAAGUUAUACACCCAGAUCGUAGAGUUGGAUAUUUAAAGGUAGAUAGUGUCUACUGGUCCUGCCAGGAGCUGAAUUCAGGUACUAUUGUAGAAGUGAAAUCCGUACGACUUGACGCUAGCAAUGCUGAAGAGCUGAUGAAAGGUUAUGAUGUUGUGGUGGACGGUAGUGACAAUGUUGCGGCUCGUUAUGUAGUUAACGAUGCGGCGAUGCGGCAGGGUAUUCCUCUUGUGAGUGGUAGUGCGAUGCGAUGGGAUGGACAGUUGUCGGUGUACGGUUACGGCGAUGGUCCGUGUUAUCGUUGUCUCUUCCCUGUUCCCCCGCCAGUGGCUGCGGUGGGAAGUUGUAAUGAUACCGGUGUGAUGGGGCCAGUGCCCGGCUGUAUUGGAUGUCUGCAGGCGCUGGAAACACUGAAGAUACUCGCAGGCGCCGGGGAAGUACUCGCAGGCCGAAUGCUCCUCUUUGAUGGACUACGGGCAAACAUGAGAGUAGUGCAACUGAGACGCAGACGAGAGAAUUGCAUUGCAUGUGGGAAAAAAGAAGAAAAUAAUAAAACGUUAUUGGAACUUGCAGCAGAGCGACCAGAGUAUGAUUUGGUUUCAUGCGGUUUGACUGCUGCGAUUCAAGCUAAACUUCCUAAUGAGGCACGUAUCACACCACGUGAGUUUUAUGCCAAACUGCGAUCUGUGAAGUUUUCUGCCCCGGACUCUCUUGUAUUAGAUGUACGCACGAAAGAACAGUACGAUAUGGCACACCUCCCUGGUGCACUCUCAUUACCACUCUUGCAACUGCAGAAAUGGCAUCGUGAUGGUGUUCUUCGCGAUGCCUGGAUGCAGUUCGUCCAAGAACAUUCUGUUGGUAAUGUUGAUUGCAAAAAUGUCUAUGUUGUGUGUCGCAGAGGUGUUUCUUCCGUUGCUGCAGUCCAAAUCCUUCUUACACUAUAUCAAGAAAAAGAAGAAGAAAAAGAAAAAAAUGAGGACCAUAUCAAUAGUGACUGUAAAGGAAACAAUAAUGAUGUUGAUGAUGGUUCAAAAAAAACUUCCUUGAAGGGACAGUUUCGUUUUAUAAACGUAGACGGUGGGCUAAAUAGGUACCACUACGAAUCGAAUAAAAAAUUUCCUCUUUACUAA